UUUUAUAUAUAUGAUAGCCGUUUAUUGAAUCAGUUGUAUUCAUUACUCUGUCAUUUUAUUUUUCUUUCCUUAAAAGUAGCUUUAAUCAAUUUGGUUCCAGAUAAGUAACUUUAAUCAAUAUGGUCCCAGAUAAGUUGGAUGACGACGCAAUUGUGAUUUCCGGUAUAUCCGGAAAAUUUCCUAAUAGUAAAAAUAUUAAUGAGUUAAUAAAAAAUCUUAUGAAUGGUGUUGAUUGUGUAACAGAAAAUCAUUCAAGAUGGUUCGAAAAAUAUCAACAAAUUCCGUCGCGUAUUGGAGUAAUAUCAGAUAUCACAAAAUUAGACAACAUAUUUUUCGGCAUUAGCUCGAGACUUGCGUCUUCGAUGGAUCCAGUGGUAAGAAUGCUAUUACCCUGUGUGUGGGAAGCAAUCGCUGACGCAGGAUUGAAUCCAUUUGAAUUACGUGGAGAGAACAUCGGCGUCUUUGCAUCAUUAUCUUUGGUGGAGUCUGACAAAGUCAUUCUUUAUGAAAAAUACGAACCACAUGGUUUCGGUAUGCUGGGAUCCGCUCGUACAAUGGCAUCAAAUAGAAUAUCCUUUUUUAUGGACAUUGUGGGACCAAGUUGUACCAUCCAAUCAUCCUGCAAUGGUAGUGCAAUGGCCUUGAAAAAAGCGAUCGAAUCUAUACAAUCAGGUGAAUGCGAGGCAGCAAUAGUCGAUGCAGGAAUCCUUGUAUUGUUUCCGAACAUCUCCUCUCAGUUGAAACAAUUAGGUUUAUUGGCACCGGACGGUGUAAAUAGAUCGUUUGAUGCAAAAGCAUCGGGAUACACGCGUAGCGAAUCCGUAGGUGUCCUGUUUCUUCAAAAAGCCAAAAACGCCAAGCGUAUUUACGCUGAGAUUAGUGCUAUAAAUGUGUUAUUUGGCGAAUGUAUCAAAGAGAAAACUGUGAUGUUCAAUAGUGCUGAGUUUCUAGCGCAAACAAUGAGAGAGACGUUGGAACAGAACGGCCUAAAACCAAGCGAUAUAACUUACAUCGAGGCCGAUGGUACGGCAAUCAAAAAAGUAGAUCGCGAGGAAUUAAAGGCGAUCGAUCUUGUUUAUGCACAACAUCGAAAUCCUUCCAAUCCUCUUCUAAUUGGAUCGGUCAAAUCGAAUAUUGGUCAUUCAAGUUGUACUAAUACAAUAAAUUCGAUUAUUAAGGUACUCAUUGCUAUGGAAAAAGGAGUUAUACCUCCAAAUCUUCAUUACGACGAACCUCCGGAGGAUGCUAAAUGUCUUCGCGAUGGACGUGUAAAAGUCGUUACAAAACCAACACCUUGGACAGAUGGUUACGCAGCCGUGAACACUACUUCUCACGGUGGUUCCUUCUCUCACAUUAUCCUAAAACGUCAUUCGAAAAAUAUGAAAAAGAAAGAGUUUCCAAUAAAUACGAUGCCUCGACUUUCUGUAAUGUCCGUUCGAACUAAGGAAAUGUUAAUAGAGAUCUUUAAUGAUAUAAAGAAGAAUUAUGAAGACGAAGAAUUCCUACAAUUAAUCACUGAUCUUAAUGAAAGCCCAUUAAAUAAUUCUCUGUUUCGUGGAUAUAUACUAACGCCACCAGCUGGUAUGACAAAUUCAGAAAAAAUUGUAGAGGAAAUUGAACCUAUUACUGAACAAUCUAAACAGAUCUGGUUCGUUUUUUCGGGAAUGGGCUCGCAAUGGACUGGAAUGGGUGAAUCUCUGAUGAAGAUACCAAUCUUUGCAGAAGCAAUAAGAAAAUGCGAUGCAGUUUUAAAACCUAGAGGAUAUGAUAUCGUGCGAAUUUUAUGUGCCAAAGAUCCAACGAUAUACGAUAAUAUUAUAAAUUCUUUUCUGGGAAUAGCGGCUGUGCAAAUAGGACUAGUAAAUAUUUUAUAUGCAGUCGGCAUAAAACCACAUUAUAUGAUCGGUCAUUCUGUGGGUGAACUGGGUUGUGCUUACGCAGAUGGUUGUUUUACUGCUGAGGAAAUGAUUUUGAGCGCUUUAUCUCGAGGUCUGGCAUCGAUAGAAAGCAAUUUGAUACAUGGAACUAUGGCUGCAGUUGGUCUUGGCUAUAAACAGGUGCGACAUCUUUGUCCCGAAGACAUCGAUGUUGCUUGUCACAAUAGUAGUGAUAGUUCUACCAUAAGUGGACCUACCGAAUCUAUUAAAGCUUUUGUUAAAGAAUUACAGGAAAAAGAAAUAUUCGCUAAAAUCGUGCCAACUAGUAAUAUCGCUUAUCAUAGCCGUUACAUUGCACCGGCUGGUCCAAAAUUGUUGAAAUACUUGCAAGAAGUUAUUUCUCAUCCAAAUGCUCGCAGUGAACGUUGGAUAUCCACGUCUAUUCCGAAAAGUGAAUGGAAUUCAAAUAAAGCACGCCUAUCGUCAGCGGAAUAUCAUACAAAUAAUCUUCUUUCUCCAGUUUUAUUCGAAGAGAUCUUGACAUUCAUACCAAAUAAUGCAAUAACCAUUGAAAUUUCACCCCACGGACUUCUUCAGGCUAUUCUCAAAAAAUCAAUGCACAGUGAUUGCAUUAAUUUAACAUUAACAAAACGAGGCCAUAAAGACAAUACAACUUUGUUAUUAUCUACAUUAGGAAAGAUUUACAAUCUUGGGUAUCCUAUUGCGAUAAAAGAGCUUUAUCCGCGAAUUUCAUAUCCUGUUUCUAAAAAUACACCUUCGAUUUCUUCCCUCAUUCGAUGGGAACAUAGCAUCGAUUGGUUCGUGUGCUUUUACGAGGAAUGUAAGACGACUUCAUCUACACAAAAAGUGUUUAUUUUGGAUUUAAAAUCAGACAAAUGCAAAUUUUUGAAAGAUUUCAGAAUUGGUGACGAUAUAAUAAUACCUUUAGCUGUUUAUUUGCACUUAGUUCGAGAAAUUCAAUUAUUAAUAGGAAAACAAUCUGAUCGAUUUUUUAUAUUUGAGAACAUUAUUAUUUAUAAUCAAUUACUAAAAGUACCAGAAAAUGAUAUUCUUAAAUUGGUAAUUAUGGUGACGAAAGCAUCAGGACAAUUUGAAGUAUCAUUUAACGAUGACAUUAUGAUAGCCUCUGGAACUAUAACAUCGACAAAUAUGUGCACAAAGGAAUUUCCUGAUACGGAUUUAUUAAAAGAAGAAAAUCAAAUAUAUACGAGGGAAGAUUUUUAUACGGAUCUUUUUGUACGUGGUUAUGAAUACGGAGAAUAUUAUAAAUGUGUUAAUGGACUAUCGUUAAAUUCUUCAUCAGGACUUCUUACAUGGAAUAAAUAUUGGAUGCCAUUAUUGGAAGGAUUGUUCCAAGUACAAAUUUUUAGUAGCAAUAAUAAAAAUAUAUUGAUGCCAAGUAUGAUACGAAAGAUUGUCAUUGAUACAAAUGAAUUCGUAAAAGAAACGAAAGAAGGAAAAGUUUUACCGAUGAAGUACGACAAACGGAUAAACAUGAUAGCUUGUACAGGUAUUGAGAUGAGCGGUGUCGAAUUUACGGAAUUAACAAUAACAAACACAGAUUUUUCUUUGAAUUCAUUCGCGAAUGAAGUUCGAUUUAUUCCGAAUAUAGACGAAACGGAGAUGAAUAUGAUCGACGUUUGUCACAUAGUACUAGAAUUACUUUCGGAAAAUAUUUGUGAAAAUAAUACGAGAAAAAUAAUGAUGAUAGAAGAGACAAAAUCACACAAUCAAGAUAAUAUAUUAGAAUGUUUCCAAAGCAUCUUGAAAACGGUAAAGGAUAGCUUCGAAAUAAAAUGCAUUGUUAAAGAGAAUCUUAACCAAAUAUUUGAUGAAAAGUUUAUUUUGAUAAUCAUUGACAGCAUUAAUUUUAAUGACAUAAAAAACAUUUUUAAUAAUAUAAAUGAAGAAUCAUUUCUAUUGAUAAUCGUAAAAAUGGAAAAUCAAGAUAAAUUAAUUGCCGUAUUCACAAGUAUAGGAUUAAAUCUCGUUCUAAAAAAAAAAAUAACCCUUGAUCGUAUGGUUUUGCUUCUACGAAAAGUUGAGAAUGCAAAGAAACCAAUUGUCAUUAAAAAUCAAGACAAUUGUAUUGAUCAUCUGAAAAGGAGUUUAAGAGAUUCGAAAUAUGACAGAGUUAUUUUUUUGGUGAAUACUAUUACAGAAAACAAUAUCUUUGAAAUACUUCGAAUUCUGAAACAAGAGCCAGAAUACAAGAAACUUCAAGUUUUCGACCUACAAAAUUCAAAAGCACCAAAAUUUUCGCUUGAAGAUAUAUUUUAUCAAAAUCAAAUAAAAUUAAAUCUUGUUCAGAACGUAUUGUCGUCCGAUAAUGUAUGGGGUACGUACAGAUGGAUGCCAUUGUCUGAGAAAUCUACUUUCUUGCCGCGCUGGCGAGCUAAUAUUGAAAAAUCAGGUUCAUUAACCUUGAUGGAAGAAUUAUCAUUGAAGGAGAAGGAUAAAAGUAUUGUAAAAGUAGAGUGCGCUGCAUUCGAUUUAAAUAUUUACGAGUACUGGUUGAACAAUGAAGUCAAUUUAGAUUCUCAAAUAUGUAUCACAGAAUAUUCAGGAACAGAUGAAAAAGGUCAUAGAGUAAUGGGACUUCUUCAGAAUUUAACAAUAAGUAAUGAGAUUUGUCCUGAUCCGGAUUUUACUUGGACGAUACCAGACUCUUUAAGCUUCGAAGAUGCUGCAACAAUGCCUCAAGCUUAUUUGGCAGCUUUUUCCAUUUUACAUAAGAACUCGUAUUACUUUACCAAAAUAAAAACUAUUUUGAUACAUAUCGGUGCUAGCGAACUAGGACAGGCUCUUAUUAAUCUAUCUUUAUCGUAUAAUUUUGAUGUCUAUACAACUUACGAAACUGAAAUCGAAAAACAGAUAAUUCAAUCGAUUCGACCACGUUUACCGGAUUCUCAUAUUAUGAACAUUAAUGACUAUAAAGAUUUCUUAUUCGAUAUUACAAACGGUAAAGGAAUGGACUUAGUUAUUGCAAGCUAUUCGGUCUUGGAAGAUUUCGAAUCUUGUCUAGAUGUUGUCGGAAGUCAUAAAAAUAUCGUAUUUAUUCAUGAUUCUAAAAUAAUUAAUCAAAUGACUUUUGGUACAAAUGCUUUUCUAAAUGAUAUUCGUAUGUAUAGUUACUGUUUGCAAGAUAUAAUGAAUUUACCAGCGACAAUGAAAAGAAAUAUAGGGGAAUUGAUGAGAAAAGCUCUACAAGCAAAUAUCUUAAAACCACUUAUUUCCAAUAAACUUCAUCUACCAAAAACAACACAGGAAGAGAAUAGGAUAGUUCAUCAACGUUAUGGAAAAGUGCUCGUCUCUCCGUUGGAACUGUCUAAAUCUGUUGAUAUUGUUCCUAGCUUAUGCUUUGAUAAAGACAAAUGCUACUUCAUUGUUGAAGGUUUGGAUAGUUUUGGCAUGAGGUUGAUAAAAUGGUUAAUUGAUGAAGGUGUUACGAAGCUAUUUGUAGUUUCUAAAGAAACGCACAAAGAGUGUGAAGAAUACUAUCUAAAGAAAUUAUGUGAACACGGAGAAAGGCUUGAAUUACGAAUGGGGAUUGAUCUGACGAAUGCGACGGUGGUACAAAAAUUAUUAAGGGAAGCUUCAUCUUUAGGUCAACUUGGUAUUAUUUUCGACUUACAGAGAACAAAUAAAGAAUUUUUGUAUUCUUCAUUUAAUUCGAUCAGAAUCACUCAAAUAUUUGAUCAAGAAUCAAAGAGACUUUGCCCGUCACUCGAAAAAUUCAUCAUUUUUGAGUUUUACAAUGAAAACGAAGCUUCUUCGAAGGUCUUCGUGAUGGAAAAAGUUUGCGAACAAAGGACAACAUUUGGUCAACAUGGAUUACUUGUCCUUAUACCUAAUUUAUUCGAAAUUACACAAUCCAAACUUCAACCGAAGGCAGAAUGUUAUUUGGGAAUGUUAAAUUUGUUUCAACGGCUAAGAGUUUUAAUCAAAAUGAACUCUUCUAUUAUCUUUUUAUAUCACAAAAUUGUAAAAAAAUCUAUUGUUAUUGAAGAUCUGAGUAAAGAGGAUAUAACUGAGGAGGAAUAUGAUCAUAAAUAUUUCGAAGAAUAUUUGAAUGUGCAACAAUAAAUUAUUUAGUUAAUCUAAAACUCUUUAUAAUUUAUUUCCUUUUAAAAUAUAUAAUUUUUGAAAUAAUUUCCA